AUGGCUACUUCAGCUGGCAUCAAGACCCGAUUUUUACUGAUUUCCGAUACACACGGACUUGAUAGACUACCAGACUCCGUUCUCCGUCAACAUGCAGAUGUCGCGAUUCACUGUGGAGAUCUCACCACAGAAUCCAAACUUGACGAAUACAAAGCCUCAAUUCGACUCCUACAAGCCGUGAACGACCCACUCAAGCUCGUGAUAGCCGGAAAUCAUGAUUUCACAUUGGACAUUCCAGUAUUUCAAAGAAAGGUGGCAGAAGCUCAGCCACGCUUGGAUCACCGACUGGUUGAAAAGACCUACGGCUACAAUGGAGAAGCUAGGGGAUUAUUCACCGACGCGAUAGGCAUCACUUUUCUCGACGAAGGUACCCAUCCCUUCCGCCUACGAAAUGGUGCAUCAUUAAGCGUUUACGCCAGUCCAUACACCCCAUCCCUUGGCGAUUGGGGCUUUCAAUAUCACCCAGAUCAGGGUCAUGAAUUUUUCAUUCACGACAUCGAUGUCGCAAUAACACACGGACCACCCAAGGGAAUCAUGGAUUACACCAAUUCUGGUCAGCGGGCAGGUUGCCCGUAUCUCUUCGAAGCAAUCACUCGAGCCCGACCUCGGAUGCAUUGUUUUGGCCACAUUCAUGAAGCAUGGGGUGCAAAGCUUGUCACUUGGCGCCAUAGGAUCAGCCAAAAUCCUUCUCACUUGACUGAUAUUGAUAAUGAAAAGUCUGUUAUAGUAGACAGACUCUCCAAUGUACGGAGUUCUAUGGAGUUCGCCACUACAAGCCACUGCUCCGGGGAUCCAAGCAGGUUGGAAUGGGGCUCUCAGACACUUUUUGUCAAUGCCUCGAUUGAUGGUACGCAGACUCUACCGAUACAACCACCGUGGCUUGUUGAUAUCGAGCUUCCGCCGGCAAGCAGGUUAAGCAGUGAAGCGUCGUGA